GCCGCAAAAAGCUCGCAAUCGCAGCAAGCGAACUCGCACGCGAGUCGAAAAAAUAACAUCAAAUUGAUUGUUCAGGAACAUCUUUCUUCGGUGUGAACCACGGGAGCUAAAUUUUCUUUGCAAAAUUUCCGAAUUUCUGUAAAGAAGUUUAAAUUCCCUGCGGAUUGAGACAGCAUCCAAGCCUCAGCCAUGGGGAACACGAUAUCGGCUGCUGAGAUAAUGGCUACCAACAUCGUCCACACUGAAGCCGCUGAUGCUUCGAAGCUGCCCCCGGGACAUCCCCCAAUGCCGGGAGGUGGCGUGGGCAUUGACGCGGCCGGAGUAAAUCCACCACCAGAAUGUCCAAUGCAUAAGAAAGAACCGGCCCAGCCGGUCGUUAAGGAAAAGCCUGUUUUAGUUUCCGAAUGUCCAGUUAAACACGAUCAGAGCGACAUCAAUCCGCUCAAUAUGAUGCCGCCGAUGAACCAAAAUCCUGCGCCUGGUCAACCGUUCCCGUUGCCCACGGAUCGACAAACGUCUUCAAUUCCAAAAGUCACAGAAGAUGGUCGCCAGGAGUUUUGGGUCUACCCCAGCCAGCAAAUGUUCUGGAAUGCCAUGCUGCGCAAAGGUUGGCGGUGGGAAAAAGAUGAUAUCAAACAGAAAGACAUGGAUGAUAUCAUUAAGAUCCACAACGCCAACAACGAGCAGGCCUGGCAGGAGGUUCUCAAAUGGGAAGCACUGCACGUUCGCGAGUGCGGCAAUCCCAGGCUGAAGAGUUUUGGCGGGAAAGCGACUGAGUAUAGCCCGAGAGCUCGAAUCAGAAGCUGGCUGGGCUACGAACUGCCAUUCGAUAGGCACGAUUGGAUCGUGGACCGUUGCGGCAAGGAUGUGCGAUACAUCAUCGAUUACUAUGACGGAGGAAUCGUGGACGACAAGUACAAGUUUGCCCUGUUGGAUGUGAGACCGGCGAUGGAUUCCUUCGAAAACAUGUGGGACCGCAUGAAGGUAACCUACAUGCGCUGGAAGUUCGAGCUGCAAGGUAAAAACAAGGAAGUUACGAGUUAAGGUUCGCAAUGCUCAGGUAAGUUGAUACACUAGAACUUAAUCGCAAGUUUGCUAGAUGCCCCGUGGUGCCAUUCCGCUGGAUCUCUCGAUAUCGUUGUUCUAUUAUUGCGAUAACCAACAUCAAUAAAACACGACUCUGAAGGCACCGUUUC